UCUGGUGUUGUUUCGCGCGUGCCGGCGUUUUGGGGUGAGUGGACUACUCUGCUGUAUGUAUACGUAUGUAUAGUAGGAGGGUUGUAACGUUCACGGGAGUAGCUGGGAAUUGAGCUGUUUUGAGGAUAAGAGCUUUUGGCGGUUGUGAGUAUAGGUGAUGCGCGACUUUUGAUUGUAAUCGAAAGGGUGAGCUUAGAGAGAGGUGGGUUUGAUUGUUUAACGGUUUUCUUUUAGAGCGUUGGAAGGUUUUUGCUGAGUUGGAUGGAGAGCUCCGUUGUGCUUUUUACACCUGAUUUGGUGGAAAGCUUUUCAAGCUCCUGAAGAUGAAAGUCUACAGCAGUAUUGUUAAAAUUAUAUUAUACAAUUUUAUGCAAAACUGAUUGUCUUUGUAAUAGAAAAAUAAGUAAGUAGAUACAAACUGGAAUAGGCGAGACUCAAGUCUCACCAGACAAGGUCUGCAUCUACUGAAGUAUAAAAAAUAAUUUGCAACUUUGUCUCAUUAAAAAUAGUUUCUCAAAACAAAAGUAUCCCGUUUAUCGUCAAUAUGCUCAUUAUUCUCAGCGGAUCCUUGUCUAUACGACUUACGACCGAAGCAAUAAUAAUCAAAAACGUUAUACCUAAGUAUUUCUGCGCGUCUAGCCACAUCCGGUCAAUUCCACUCUUGCAGGCAAAACGUCAUUCGCGCGAUUAUCCGCACCAAAAUAAAACUGAAACUAAAAAAUUCCAUAUCUUCUCUCCGCAUCGCACAUACGUGCCUUUUACAAUCUUGAAGCGUCUGACACACAUAGCGCAAUACCAUAUAACUCAUCCUCUAUAAAUACGAACCUCUCAAAACUCGGCGAAGACAGCCGCAUCAGCAUAAACAGAUCCGAAGCCUCAGAGCGCUCGAUUCGUCGCUCUUCUUUCGCAGCCAAUAUCAAUAUAGGUAUAUGUAUAUAUACAACCGUUUUCCGCAUCGCUCGAUAAAGCAGAGAAACUUCGGAAGUUGAUUUCCUCUUUCAGCGCCUGUGCGACCAACUUGGGGAUCCGCCGCCGCCGUUGCUGCUACCCCUACUUCUCUCCUCUCUGCAAUACACAUCAUCUUUCUCACAGCGGCGCGCCGGGAAUGGAUUUUCGAUGUGACUGCCGCCUGGAGCGACUGUAUACGUGCCUGCCAGUAGUGGGUAGUAUCUAUAGUCUCACUGCGGCGGCUGCUCGUGCUCGCUACUGAUGCUAUAUAACGUUUUUUUCGGGCCCGACGACGCGUAGUUUUUGUUCUUUUUCCGCGCGACCCUUUUUUCUCUCCCUUCUAUUGUUCGCAUGAAACUCUAGUGAGGCGAUCUUCCGCGCGAGACGGAGAGGAAGAGAACCAUGGCACUCAGCGGCUUCGUCGAGUUUUUCCAGAAGGGAAAGACUUUCCGUCCUAAGAAGAAAUUUACUCAUGGAACUAUGAGGUAUUCCUUGUACAAACAAGCGCAGGCUUCGCUGAAUUCUGGAAUUAAUUUGAGAAAUGUUGUCAAACUGCCACCUGGGGAAGAUUUGAACGACUGGAUUGCUGUUCAUGUUGUGGAUUUCUUCAACAGAAUUAAUCUCAUUUAUGGCACAAUAUCUGAAUACUGUGACUCAACUUCCUGCCCAACAAUGAGCGGUGGUGCUCGCUUUGAAUACUUAUGGGCUGAUGGGGAUAAAUAUAAGAAGCCAACAGCACUGCCUGCACCUCAAUAUGUCUCCUUAUUAAUGGAUUGGAUUGAAACGCAAAUAAAUAAUGAAUCCCUCUUCCCAGUAUCUACAGAUAUACCGUUUCCUAAAUCCUUUAUACCGUUGUGCCGAAAAAUUUUGACCCGAUUGUUUCGAGUAUUUGUCCACGUCUAUAUACACCAUUUUGAUCGGAUAGUUGCAAUAGGAGCUGAACCUCAUAUCAACACGUGUUACAAACACUUUUAUUAUUUUGUAACAGAAUUUGAUCUGAUAAAUCACAAAGAGUUAGAACCUUUGGCGGAGAUGACAGCGAAAGUUUGUAAAGAUGCAGUACUCAAUGCAAGGCAAACUACAGUACCUGGAAGUGCUAAUGGCAGAUAGUUAAAUGAUUAAACAGGUCAAGAAACGUGCAUGUUAUGCGUUGCAAUAGAUAGAACUAUAAUGCGCUUAUAUAUUGAAUCUCUUAAAAAUGAAUUUUGUAUAUAUAGUUAAGCAUUUCUAAUUUUACAAUCUAUCACAAAUAUUCACGGAUGUAGAAAACCUUCUUUCUACCUAGUGAUUUUAAUAGAAUUGUCCAUGACAACAAUUUGAUAUGCGUUUGAUGAAUUCUACAAUGACAAUUUGUAACUUUUGGAUAUUAUACAAUUAGGUCUUUUGAUCUAUACAGUUCUAUGCAGGUAUAUGUAAUUAAGGAUGACUUAUUCUUAAGUUAAACAUUCUAGUCAGUAUUAAAUCAAAACUUGCUUUUAAUUUAGUUUAUGUAACUUUAUUGGGCAUUUUUUGUGUGACAUAUAAUUUAAGAAAGUGAGGAACUUAAUUGUUUUUAAUCAAUGCGGUGAAGGUUUGAAAUCUCAUUUUAUGUAUUUGAAAUUAUUUACAACAAUAAUAACAGUGGAAAAAAGAAA